AUGUCACAACCUAAUGCCACUGCCUUUCACCCAAACACUUUUAUCUUGCUGGGCAUUCCUGGGCUGGAACAUAUCCAUUCUUGGCUGUCUUUGCCCUUCUGCUCCUUAUACAUUAUGGCAAUUUUGGGCAAUGUCACAAUCUUACUAGUGAUAUGGACUGUACAGACACUCCGUGAUCCUAUGUUUUAUUUCCUGGCUCUGCUCUCCACAAUUGACCUCGCAUUCUCAACAACUUCUGUGCCCCGCAUGCUUGGAAUCUUCUGGUUUCAGGCCCAUGAGAUCAGCUUUGGAGGUUGUAUGGCCCAGAUGUUCCUCAUCCACAGUUUCACUGGCAUGGAAUCUGGUGUCUUACUUGGCAUGGCUUUUGAUCGCUAUGUGGCCAUCCGCACCCCUCUUCACUAUACAACCAUCUUAACAGUUCCGGUGAUGACUGGCAUUGGAAUAGUUACUGUGCUCCGCCCUGUCUUGCUUAUGAUACCUGUCAUUAUCCUGGCCUACCGCCUGCCCUUCUGUCAAGCUCGUGUCAUUGCACACUCUUACUGUGAACACAUGGGUAUUAUUAAGUUGGCCUGUGCCAACAUUCGUGUAAAUGCCAUCUAUGGCCUCUUUGCUGCUUCCUUUCUUGUUGUGGAUCUCAUCCUCAUUGGGGUUUCCUAUGCCUUUAUUCUCCAUGCAGUCUUUCGUCUUCCUUCCCAUGAUGCCCGGCUCAAGGCACUGAGCACCUGUGGUUCACACGUGGGAGUUAUGUGUAUUUUCUACAUACCUGCCAUUUUCUCCUUCCUUACUCACCGAUUUGGUCACCAUAUUCCCAUAUAUGUUCAUAUACUUAUUGCCAAUCUUUAUAUGAUUAUCCCACCAGCACUCAACCCUGUUAUCUAUGGUGUGAGAACCAAGCAGAUUCGGGAGCACGUACUCUGGUUCUUCACUGUCAAAUAG